UCUCCAACAAGGUCAACAACAAGAGAAGAAGAAUUAAACUUUAGGGAGAGAGAGAACUCUUUUGAAACUUCAAUGGGUUGCGAAGUAGUAGUUUUGAGUCUCAGCCUCAAUCUUGGUCAAACCAUACAAGAAUAAGAAAGCACUGACCUCCAUUCUUUUCCUUCUCCUUCUUCGGCUAAUUAUCUUUGGUGGGUUUUCUCUCUGUCACAGAAUUUUCACCCAGAAAAUCGUUAUUAACCCUAAGAGAGAGAGAGGGCGAGAAAGAGAGAAAAGGGUUUUGGACCCAAAGCCAAAAACCCAUUUGGGUUCUCGUUCGACUCCAAGAUCUGUGAGUUAAAGGAAAAAAAAAACAAAUUGGUGGGGUUUCGGUUUUGAUAAUGGAUUUUGAGUCUUCAGCGAGAGAUAAUAAUCGCAUGGGGUUUUCUCACGAGGAUAGUAUUGAGCAUAGUACGAUUAUGGCGACCAGAGGAGGAGUAGGAGCUGGACCCAGCUGGGCUACGGCGGCGGAUAGGUCAAUCGACGAUCAUCAGAUGAUGAUGAUGAUGAAUGGUCCAGAUACGAAGCUAGAGCUGAUGAACUCUUCGCCUGCGAGUGGAAACGACGACGCCGUUUCGAUGAGCAGAUCAUCAUCCGGAGGAGGAGGAGGAGCAGCAGUAGUGGUCGAAAGAGAGCACAUGUUCGAUAAAGUAGUAACGCCGAGCGACGUGGGGAAGCUGAACCGUCUGGUGAUCCCAAAACAGCACGCGGAGAAGUACUUCCCUUUAGACUCAUCCACCAACGAGAAGGGACUUCUCCUCAAUUUCGAAGACCGGAACGGCAAGCCAUGGCGCUUCCGCUACUCCUACUGGAACAGUAGCCAGAGCUACGUCAUGACCAAAGGCUGGAGCCGUUUCGUCAAGGAGAAGAAGCUCGACGCAGGCGAUAUCGUUUCCUUUCAGCGCGGUGUCACUGAUAAAGAACGUCUCUUUAUUGACUGGAGACGCCGUCCCGAAGCCGUUCUACCAGACCACUCCUCAACCAUUAACAUCCCCUUCUCGUUCCACCACAACCAACAUCAAUCGCCCCACCACCACCACCACCACCAACACCGCUCCAACAUCCCGUGGAGCCCUUCGCUAAUGCGGCCACCGCCUAUGAAUUACGGCACUGUUUUCAAUCUUCAGCCCUAUCGCAACAGCUAUGGAGUGAGUGGUGGUAUUAUGGGUAGUACUAAUAGCGGUGGCGGAGUAGGAGGUUGUUACAAUGGUUACGGGAAUGUGGUGAAUUCGGUUUGUUCAGCUGGGAACCCGGUGUUUUACCUUAGACCACCGCAUAAUAUGGGCUCGGCCACGGCUGCUGCUGCUGCAGCCGGGGUUUCAUUACAAGAGGAACAGUAUCCAAUCGGAAUUGUGCAGCCGCAGCACCACCAUCAUGUGGAGGGGUCCGUUGUGUACGGUUCGGUGCCGGUGGUACACGGUAAGGCUGCUGUAGCCGGGAAGAGAUUAAGACUGUUUGGUGUGAACAUGGAGUGUAGUAGUGGUAGUGCUAAUUCACCAUCAGAUGAUCAAUCCGAAGAAUGUGAGUUGAUUUCAUCUCAUCAUCAUAACCGUCAUCACUCUAUGCACCACUCUUCUUCUUCUUCUUCUUCUCCUCCUCAAACUAUUCUGUCGUCUCAAGCUUCUCUCGGCCAGUUACGGCUCUAUAAUGGCACACCAAUUCCAGGGAUUUCAACUGUUGAUUUCCUCAACAAAGGGAAGGCCUUCAAUUUUGACAUCUGACCCCCCACCUCCUCCUCCCCCAAAAAAAGAUUAAAAGGAGAAACCAACAGCUUGAUAUAUAUACUAUAUAUAUACAUAUAGUUGGGAGAGAAAAAAGACUACAAAUUUGGGUAGCUAGGCUUGGUAACUUGAAAUCAUAUAAUUUGAUGCAUUUUUACCAAACACAAUACUACCCCAUAAGAAGGUGGCUGAUCUCUAGCUCUCUCGUUCGGUAUUUUCCAUCCUUUUUAAGACUUUUGGCUUCUGAAUAAGGGAAUUUGGGAAGUGGGUUUUCAGUAUAAGUGGUCAGAAUGAAUGGGGUAUACAAGGUUAUUUGAGAAGAUUAAUUUCAGAAUUUUUUUUAUUAUAAUUAUAUUUUUUUUUGUUUGUUUUGUUUUUAUAUAUUGUUGGGUUGGGAGAAGAGGAAGAAUUAGAAAAGAAGAAAAGAAAAAAAGAAAGGCCAUAAAUCGGAACUCUUCAUGUCUUCUUUUUUUAAUAUUAUUAGUUUAACUCUCAUGUGUACAAAUAAUUUUAUUAUAAUACAAUUGAUGAUAUAGAGAGAGGAGAAGUAUGAUCUUAUAUUCUA